CAAAAGCCUCUGGCCUGCCCUGCCCCCAGGAGCUAGCUCUCUAUAAAAGGGCUGAGCCACUCAGCUCCUCUCACUGGGGGUGUGAAGAGCAGGGGGGACCAUGGAUGUCAUCAGCAUCCAGCAGUUGGUAUGUGGAGAAAGAGUUGAAAGGAAAGCGUCGGGAUGUGGACAUGGCGUUGCUGAUUGUGGAGGCGGGCCCAGAGCCUGGAGGCUGAGAGCCCAAGAGGCCGUGGCCUGGGAGCAGUGGAAACUCGAAGAAGAGAAGAAGAAGAAACUUGAGAGAUUGAACAACUCCAGACUGAAUCUGGAGACUCUGGCUGACUUGGAAAACUUGGUUCAAAGACGGAGAAAACGACUGAAACGCAGAGUCCCCCCUAGGGCACCUGAGCCCACGGUUAAGCUGCAGCCCCAGGCCCAGCUGGAGUCUGUGGACCUGGAGAUGUUCCUGAAGGCAGCUGCUGAGAACCAGGAGACCCUGAUUGACAAGUACCUGACAGAUGGAGGGGACCCCAGUGCCCAUGACAAGCUGCACCGCACAGCCUUGCACUGGGCCUGUUUGAAGGGUCACAGCCAGCUCGUGAACAAGCUGUUGGAGGCAGGUGCCACUGUGGAUGCUCGAGACUUGCUGGACAGGACACCUGUGUUCUGGGCCUGCCGUGGAGGACACCUGGACAUCCUCAAACAGCUGCUUAACCAGGGAGCCCAGGUCAACGCCCGGGACAAGAUCUGGAGCACCCCCCUGCAUGUGGCCGUGCGCACGAAACACUGUGACUGCCUGGAGCAUCUCAUUGCGUGUGGAGCCCACAUUGACGCACAGGACAAGGAAGGGGACACAGCUCUACACGAGGCUGUGCGGCAUGGCCACUACAAAGCCAUGAAGGUACUGCUGCUCUAUGGAGCCAAGCUGGGCGUGCAAAAUGUGGCCUCAGUGACCCCGGUGCAGCUAGCACGAGACUGGCAGCGGGGCAUCCGGGAAGCUCUGCAGGCCCAUGUUGGGCAUCCCCGCACCCGGUACUAGUGACAGCAGACCUGCAAGGUCACUUCACAGCCACCAUUCCAUCCCCUUUACCUCCCAUCCUUAUGUCUUGUCAUCCGCAUCACUCUGUGGGUCUCACCUCAGUCCUUAUUCCUCUGUCCUGGGACUGCUUCCUCAGGCCAGUCCUAACAGGACUGAGCAGCAGCACUGAGGCCAGCAGGUGAAUAAAGCAGGCCUCCCUGGCCCGAGUCAGGGCUGACUUGUUUCCUGCCAGGGCACCAGCUAGGAAGGGCUGACGCAGAGGACCACAGGGAAGCAGGGAACAAAGUGGGUCCAGAUGAGGAACAGUGUAGGGAGAGUGGGAAUCCAGGAUGGAGCGAAAAAUAAGUCCUAAACCUUGAGCUGCCCAGGGUUGGGUACUAGGUGUCCUUGGUGUCCCCUGAUCCUCAGUCUGAGAGACUGUGUCCCUCCCUCCACGAGGGAGAGGGGGGCGGGGAUUCAGUACAAGGCUUGUGGCUGCCCUGGGGCAGGGGUUUCUCUGGGGAAUUCCACUCCUAUCAGCAGCAACCCUGAUAGCAUGUGGAGUGGCUCUAGACAACUUUGGCCUUAGGGAUUCUGGAGGUGGGUCUGGCAGUCUGGAGGGGACGCUCAAUAGGUUUGAGGCCCCACUGCAGAAGUCCAGUACCAACCUGGUUGCCUCAGAAGCCCUAAGACUGAGGAGCUAGAGCUGAUGUUUAUUUUAGGGAAACUUUGUGCCUACUGCCUCAGGGCUUUGGUCAGCCUGCCUGCCGCUCUCUAGUUGACCAGCUGGUGGCGCUUCUGGUAAGGGUGAAGUGCCUGGGAGCUGGGGAUUGCUUGUGGCCCACCCAGCUUUUGGGGUGGUGGCCCGUAACCCUACUUACUUUGCCUCAGGCAACAUCGCCCUGGCACUAGAGCUUGAGCCUGGACCUUGCAGCUGCACCUGCUCUCCUUUGUCCCACCGCUGAGGUGGGACAUCGAGGAGCUGGUGGCUCAGCCCUGGAGGGGAAGCAGAGGAGAGUGAGGAGCACACCUGCUGCUUUCCCUCCUCUGCUAAGUGGUGGCAGAUUUAGGACCCAGCUUCCCACAAGCUCUCCUGAAGGUCCCUUCCUUCCACUGCCUUUUCCGCUCCAUGGUGCACUGGCGCAGACCCAUACUGCUGGCAGGGCUGGGUCCUGAACUGGCAGAAAAUGAGUUUUAAGGAACUUUGCCCUAAAUGGAGAACUACAAGCUGAGGCCCCAGCUUUAAGAUGAAGGGUCAGCCUCCCUCACAUACAUAAGGUACCUGGAUUGACACCAUUUUGCAGUUCUUUCUAGUCUAACAUUGGUGGCCUUCUUGGGCCAAGCACAAGGCUAUUCUUAGGAUGGAAAAAGCGACUAGAGCUCCCACCGGGGGCCACACACCUUCCCUUCUCAUGGACAGCCCCUGCCCUGUGGUGAACUGUAAGGACAGUUUGCCCAGGUGCCGGAGCCAUAGGAGAAAUAGGCAUUCAAGUCCAUGGAGAAGACGACCCCCCAUCUAGAAAAUGGGGACCCUUACUUGACAAAAACACCAUUUUAUACGCAUCAAUAUUUUUUGUUCAUUAAAACUGGUUGACUAUCCA